AUGUUGGGUAACUGUAGCGGUAUGUUAGUGGAGCGCCAUUUUAGCGCCGCUAGAGAUUGCAGCGCUGUGACGUGUCGUAAGUUGAAGGACGCGCGCUUACCAGCGCCCUCACUGGCUCCUGUCGCGGUACUACAUCCACCACCCCGUUACGGGCACAUUGCGCCCAAGACGCAGACGGGCAAGGUGGUGACGAUAUUCUACGCCAUCCUGGGCAUUCCACUCAUGUUGCUGUGUCUGUCCAACAUCGGUGACGUCAUGGCGUCCUCAUUCAGGUUCCUCUACUGGCGCGUGUGCUGCUACGUGUGCACUCGCCCUCCAAAGCGCCGCCACCGCCACCAUCCCUCCACGAGGCGGUCGGUGCGCGGUGGCAGCGUGCGCGGCUCGACGCGGCGGCGCGUGCGCCCCAUCGAGCGCGCGCACUCAGACACCGACUGCAGGUAUCGUGACAGUGGGUACAGCAGUGGGCGCGUGCGCAGGCCGCGGGGCCCCGCGAACCACGCCGCCUCACUCCCGCGCACCAGGUCGCAGCCACCACCGCAUGCCAGACUUCAUGUAGCCAGAGACUACGACUUGGAGGAGUCGUCACCAGUCCGUUAUGAGAAGCAUGGCCGAGAGGGACGAGACGUAUACGAUGAUGACGACAGAGCAGAGGAGUUCCCUAAGAUUUCGUUACCACUACAAGACCUAGAGGCGGCAUUGCAAGACUUGGAAACUCAUCACAUGAAAAUAUCUUCAAAAGCUGAGUUACGUAGCAAAUCUCUACCUCGACCAGCGAAAGCAAAGCCAGAGUAUGGGCCGCGGCGAGACUUCGAUGAUCAGAGACAUUUCGAAGAUGAUCCCAGAGAUAUGUAUGAGAUGCAUGAUCUACAUGACGUGGACUAUGAGAACUAUAAGGAAAGACAGGCAUUGGAGAGAGAGCGGCGGAGGGAGCGAGAGGAACUGUAUGGUUACAGAGAUCGCGGGUAUGAUCCAGAAGAUGAGGAUUUUGAGUUCGACUAUCCGAAGGGCAGGAGGUCGAGACGUGAUAUGAGGGCGGAGAGAGGCAGGUCGGAGUACGUGGAGCGUGAGGAGCCGUGGGAGCGGUCCCACCGGCGCCAGCGCCGCGCUCGCUCCGCCAUGUACGACAGUGAGCGCUGGGACGAGGAGCGACCACCACCUCCGCCCCCCGAGCCGCGCCGCCCACUGCGGAGACUGCACACUGUGGACGACAGUAGAUACCGUACACGUACGCCCUCUGUAGAGAGAGAUGACUGGAGCGACGAGGUGGCGGUGGUGCCGCGACGCAGUAGGCCACCCCAAGCAUGGGGCUCACGAGCUUCUGAGAUAUACCACCCGCCUUCCGAUGUAGUUAAGGAGGAGAUAAAGCCGGUCCCGAUCUGGUUGUGCGUGUUCCUGGUGGCAUCGUACAUCGUGGCGGGAACGUUCCUAUUCAAGAGCUGGGAGAGCUGGGAGUACUUGGACGCCGCCUACUUCUGUUUCAUCACACUCACAACCAUCGGCUUUGGCGACUUCGUGCCUGCUCAGGGUCAGAGUGUGGACGACCCGGCAGCGGCGGUGCACUCCAUAGCUCUGUGCUCGCUGUACUUACUGUUCGGGAUAGCGCUGCUGGCCAUGUCGUUCAACCUGGUGCAGGAGGAGGUGCGCGCCAAUGUCGCCGCGCUCGCCACCAAGCUGGGGAUCAUCAAGCCGAGGGACACACAGCCUGAUUCAGAUACCGAUUACUGAUAUCACCUGAAUCAUACUUUAUCCAGACCUUUGCCCAAUCAGGUUGGGGGCGGCGCUGAGUAAACUGAGUCUAAAUCGCAUUUAGCUGAAUGUCAGUUAUGAUU